AUCCGCAAUUCGUAGGGACUUCAUCUGCACUUCCCGCGCUGGAACUUCCGUAUCAACAAGCUACCACUGAGCGCAACAUUGGGACCUUCUCUGAUCAAACCCAAGAAGAUCCCUAAGAUGCGCCUCAUCUCCCACCACGGCUCCCCAUAUACCCGCAAAGUCUACAUGCUAGCCCUCGAGCUCGGUCUAGCGCAGCACAUCACCCUUCAAAAAGUCGUCGUAUGCCCCAUCCCAUUCCCUGGGUGGAGCGACAACAAUGAAGAUGUCGCCGUGUACAAUCCCAUGGCUAAGAUUCCAUGCCUGGUACCGGAGGAUGUACCAGAUGGGAUAUUCGACUCAACGAACGAUCUGCGAUUACCUCACCAACCUGGCUGGGUUGGAUCCGAAGAAGGAUAGCCGAUACUGGCGGUUUCAUACCCUCCACGCUUGCGCGGAUGGAUUAUGGAUGCUGCCAUCCUCAUAACAUCGCUUCGAGAGUG